AAAUACAUCCACAGGUACACCUCCAAUUCAGUACACCUCCUAUCAGAAGCUAAUUGGCUAAUUGUCUAAAGGCUUGACAUCAUUUUCUGGAAUUGUCCAAGCUGCUUAAAGGCACAGUUAACUUAGUGUAUGUAAAUUUCUGUCCCACUGGAAUUGUGAUAUAGUCAAUUAAAAGUGAAACAAUCUGUCUGUAAACAAUUGUUGGAAAAAUUACUCAUCAUGCACAAAGUAGAUGUCCUAAAAGACUUGCCAAAACUAUAGUUUGCUAAUAUGAAAUCUGUGGAGUGAUUAAAAAAUGAGGUUUAAUGACUUCAACUUAAGUGUAUGUAAACUUCUCACUUCAACUGUAGACAGACAGAUAGAUAGACAGACAGAUAGACAGACAGACAGACAGAUAGACAGAUAGAUAGUGACACACACACUCCUCUUUACACAUAUGGCACAGAGUGACUAUGUUUAUUAUCUGACCCCAAACACUCAAUGAAAUUCGGUAACAUGAAGUGUAAGUUAAAGAAAAAACACUUUUUAAGACGCCUCAUUCGUGUAAUUUUUGUUGUUAAAAUACUUUCUGCUAUCCCAACUUAAUAUCAGAAACAACUAUAAUUAAGCCAUUUAUAGGGUAAUUUUCGCGAAAACUGUAAACACCGUCUCUGUAGCGUUAUAAAGCUUCCUCUGUUUGUUUUGAGUGACCCGUCCAGUCCAACACAGCAACACUGACUCACCCAAUGGCGUGAGUUGGGGGCGGGGCUAUCUGUCUUUCAGUUAACAGUAGACGGAGGGAGACUGUCCUCGCUGCGCACUGUAGUGCGAUGACGUUACAUUUACAUUUAUACAUUUGGCAGACGCUUUUAUCCAAAGCGACUUACAGUGCCCUUAUUACAGGGACAAUCCCCCUGGAGCAAUCUGGAGUUAAGUGCCUUGCUCAAGGACAUGAUGAUGGUGGCUGUGGGGGUCAAACCAGCAACCUUCUGCUUACCAGUUCAGUGCUUUAGUCCACUACACCACCACCACCACUCUUAGUGGUGGAUUUAAUUUACUACGUAGCCAACUUCAAUGAUGUACUGGAUGUUUUUAAUGUGCAUGCGCACAGCUACAUUAUAUUAGAUUCGCUUUACAAUAUUAUAUUAUUUAGUGUUGUCAGUGUUGUUUAUAUAGCCUAUACGCAGUUUAGUUUGACAGGUUAUAUUAGCCUAGUGGCUACUAAAAGUGUCUCUGUCUGUAUAAGAUUUAAUGUUUAAAUUCAUCCAUAAAACAAAUGUGAUUUUCUCCCUGGCAGCUUCAAAAUGUGGUGUUUAUUUGAAAUAUUGGAUAUAUCCAUUGUUUUGUAAUUUAUCUCCACGAAACUACUUAUGCCGUAUUGUAGUCGACCAUUGUGGGAUGCAUAAAGAUAAACGUUUUCUUCUUUUAAUUCUUGUCAUCUUAAGAUAAUUGAAAACACGUUUUAAAUCUAUUAAAACAUGGAUUUAAUCCACUACGUAAUGGAUGUCCGUGACGUAGUAGAUGAAAUCCGCAGUGAGGACCUCUUGGACGGAGGCUGUAUUUGACAAGCUGUUUGAAAACAAUGUUUCUUUUCGCAGUUCCACUGGGUAGCACAGAAACGACUUACUCCAGUUUUGAGUUUUCAUGGUCAUAGACGGCCACUCUCACAGCCAAAAAAUAUGUUGACGUGAACUUUGAAAUGUUUUUGGUUGUAGCUCGUGGAGUUCACAGUUCAUUCACCCUGAGUAGUUACGACCUGUUGCUUUAAUAUUAACAGUCUGUCUGUCUCUCUCAUGGAACUGUGUGUGUGUGUGGUUCCUUCCUGCCUCGACUGCGGUCUGCACAAAUGUCAACACCUUUUUGCUUUCCCAACCCAUCUAUAUCUGUGAUACUGUAUGAAUCUCUCUCUCUCUCUCUCUCUCUCUCUCUGUUUAACUGCAGUGGUUGUGUAAACAUCUCAUUAUUCACUGUCACUGCUCCUAUCUACAUCAAGAAAACCUCCUUUAAUGUGUAAAAUCAUGAUUAUAAUGUACAAAUCCCCAGAACUUCUCAUGUACAGGCAGUUUUCUGCCUCUUACAGCUCUUUCUAGUGCUGUUUGCUUUAGCAAGCAUUACUAUUGUUAUUGCUCAUACUAAGGCCCAAACCAAUAGCUAUGUUUCCAUUCGAGUUGCAAAUUUAAUUUAUGGGGAACAUCAGAAUAUCGCUAAAACAAUUUGUAUAAGAACACGAAAUAUUCGUGCUGAGUUAUGGCACUAUCUUGUGGUGUGUACAUGUGACCGUGACUUGAAUGUGAUUGGCUGGAAUGCAUUGAGGUCAGAAGUGGGAAAUUUCAGCUCGGGUUUUCCCACCUCCGACUUCGUCUGCAAUGAGGUGUUAGUGGUUAGACAUUUUGAUGACAGGUUUUGGCAUUUCAGAAUAACCAGAGCAACUUUUCAGAUGCUAUGUGAUGAUAUUCUCUGAACAAAUUACGCCGUCACAUGGCUUGUUGAGGCAAAGUCAAAUUGUUUUUGAUGGGCAUUCAUAUUAAUAUCCCUAUAAAUUGUAUACGAAUACAUUUGGUAAAUGUGUUUCCAUUGUAGUUUAUGCACAUUUCUUCCAAUUGAAUAAAAAAGGUAUCCAUCUCAAGUGAGUGUUUACGUUUUUUUAUUGGCAUUUUGGAAAACUUCGCAACUUGGUUGCUCCAUCCAGCAUUUUUAUGCGAUAUCCCAAAAUUUGCAUAAAAGUACGUGGAUGGAAAACGUACAUACUCUACACAAGUACGUGAAUGCAAACGCUUCCAGCUAUGCAAGCUCAAUUUCGUGCAGCGAAAUUACCGAAAGUGGUCCGAAACUGUCUUCAGAAAUCUUGUAGUUUCUCGGGUUGGGCCUGUAGUGGACUGUGUUGGCAUGUGGUGGUCAAGAUUAUUUUAAACUGGCAUCUGUGCUGAAAAUGGGAUCUAAUUAACAUCUAAUUAAUAAUUGGUUUAGUGACAGUGAGGACCAUUGACGUUGGUCGUGCAGGGUCAUGCACGAGGGGUUAGUGGUGCGUCUGGGUGUCAGGUACAUACUGCAUACUGCAGCAAUAGUAUGUGUAGUAUGUAAGUAUGCUGUUCGAACAUAGUAAAAGACUGCAGCAGAAGUGUGCACCUCAGGGUGACCUUUGACCCCGGCAUGAAAAGACUUUUGCUGCUGUAUGUGAAUUCUGCAGAAGAUUAGACUCGUGUUAAUCUGUUCUUAUUCAACAAUGAACUGAACGCAUUCUUGAGUUCCUUGAUCACAGAAAAUCUGCUUUAUUCUCCAUUUGUGUGUUCAGUCAUUGACCUACAAAACAGUCAUCUGACCAACCAACAGUCAUAACAGAAAUAACAUUAUCACUACCUGUCCUCUCUGAACCAACAGCGAGAGGCAGUGAACACUGGCCUCGUUCACAAGUUCAGCUGAUGGACACAUUGCAAAGCUUUUGAUUAGAUUUUUAUCAUUUGUUUAGUUUUGUAGUGACUCGCCUCAAUCCGGGUGGCAGAGGACGAAUCUCAGUUGCCUCCGUGUCUGAGACCGUCAAUCCGCGCAUCUUAUCACGUGGCUUGUUGAGUGCGUUACCACGGAGACAGCGCAUGUGGAGGCUUCACGCUAUUCUCCGUGAUCCACGCACAACUCACCACGCGCCCCACCGAGAGCGAGAACCACAUUAUAGCAACCACGAGAAGGUUACCCCAUGUGACUCUACCCUCCCUAGCAACCGGGCCAAUUUGGUUGCUUUGGAGACCUGGCUGGAGUCAAACUCACGACUCCAGGGGUGAUAGUCAGCGUCUUUACACACUGAGCUACCCAGGCUCACAUCUCAAAAUGUGGGCUGCUUCUGAGAUUCAUAUAUCACGAAAAACCAGCUUAAUUUCAGUGCAAAAUUGGGAUGAACCUCACGCACAGAUUUUGCAGCCUGCAGCAUCAGAUGACCACAUUGAAUCUCCUGUGAGAGGCCUGACUGACCUCUGCUCUUUAUUCUGUGUGUGUUUCAUUGGUUGUUUUUGGUAACUGAUUCUAAGAAAUUCACACAGUGCAUGUGUGCGGUGUGUGUGUAAUGACAGUGCAGGAGCUCUAAUGUCUCUACAGCUGGUGUAUGUUAGUUCCCAGAAUGCAUUGCUAACAGUGGGUUGGGGGCGAGCAUACAGCAGGUCGCAGUAUGUACUAAACCCGACACAGCUGUCAAAAUCACACUUCUGUUAUCUCAUGUCAAACUCUCACACCACAUGAGAAAAUCACACGCAUCAUAUUUACAGAAGAAUCAGACACUUUUCUAGAGCUCAACUCAAAGCAUUAACAUCAUUCUUUGCAUUAGAUUAGGAAACAUAAAGCAUAGCACAAAUAACAUUCAUAGUCAUCAAGUCUGAAAAAGAAAUGAUACCAGAAGUUAUUUGUAUAGGAAAUAGUUGUAGUGGAGAUUUUGAUUCAUCCCAGUCUGUUCAGUUCAAAGUCUGUUCACCAAAAGCAAUUCUUCAGAUUCAUUUACUGAUUUGUUUGUUAAUAUGUAGUAACCAGGGUCUUUUGUGUGUUAUGAGUGAAUCAUUCAUCCAUCCAUGUCAUGUCCUUGUUUUCAGAGAAUAUAGAUUUUUUCUUAGUUUUUUUUUUUUAGCAUAAAUCUCAGUAUUUUAUUAGACUUAUGUUUGAAACUAGUUGCCAAUGUGGUAAGAAAAAUAAACGUAAUUAUUGUCUGAAUUUUCUUAAUGUCUUACAUAUCUUAAUAUUUUUACUGGAAAACACAAGAAGAAAUACUGAUUAAGACUGAUUUUUUUGCAGUGUAAAAAGUUGGGCAUUUACCUGUUUAAUGCAUUUCUAUUUUACAGGUAUUAUUAUGAUCGCAAUGAGGAGAUUACCCAGAGAUCCCGGCGCAGUGGGCGGAGUCUGUGUGGAUAAUGAAGACUCCUCCCCUUGCAGUAGCCACACCUCUCAAGGGGAGGGGCCAGACGACGAGCAUCUGGAGGAUGUGCUGUCUGAGUUGGGAGUGGGGGCGGAGCUUAAUCUGGAUUUGGACAUGAGGGCGGAGCCUGAGGAGAGUGUGGGGCUGCAGGGGGAGGGGCUUAGCUGGGAGACGCCCCGUCAGGACACAAAUGAACUGGAAGAUCAGAGGAAAACCAGCCACAGUCCUGAACUAACUACAACAGCUUCAGGUCUUUCUAAAGCGUCGUCUCUGUCAGAGCAGCUCUUGCUGGGGCGCGAGGAGGCGGGAAUAAACGUUGAGUGUCGUAUCUGUGGAGACAAAGCUUCUGGAUUCCACUAUGGUGUUCAUGCCUGCGAGGGCUGUAAGGGAUUUUUCAGGAGGACAAUUCGUAUGAAGUUGGAAUAUGAGAGAUGUGAUCGUAGCUGUAAGAUUCAGAAGAAAAGUCGCAAUAAAUGUCAGUUCUGUCGUUUUCAGAAGUGCCUCAUGCUCGGAAUGUCUCAUGACGCGAUCCGAUACGGACGGAUGCCGGUGUCCGAGAAACGUAAGCUUGUUGCGGGUCUGAUAGCAGGGGAGAAAAGCUCUCAGAACUCAAGUGGUUCGGAUCUCAAAUCUCUCGCCAAACGGGUGAACAACGCCUACCUGAAGAACCUCAACAUGACCAAGAGGAAAGCGCGGAACAUUCUGACAGGGAAGACAAACGCAAGCCCGCCGUUUGUAAUACAUGACAUGGACUCGCUGUGGCAGGCGGAGAACGGUUUGGUCUGGAAUCAGGUGAUUAACGGAGCUCCGCCCAAUAAGGAGAUUGGUGUUCACGUGUUUUACCUCUGUCAGUGCACUACUGUGGAGACUGUACGAGAACUCACUGAGUUCUCCAAAAGCAUCCCAGGAUUCGUCAACCUUUUCCUCAAUGACCAGGUGACGCUGUUGAAGUAUGGAGUCCAUGAAGCGAUCUUCGCAAUGCUGCCGUCGUUGAUGAAUAAGGACGGGCUUCUGGUGGCAAACGGACGGGGAUUUGUCACGAGAGAGUUUCUACGCAGCUUACGAAAACCCUUCAGUGAGAUAAUGGAGCCGAAGUUUGAGUUUGCGGUGAAGUUUAACGCUCUUGAGCUGGACGAUAGUGACCUUGCGCUGUUUGUGGCGGCUAUUAUUCUGUGUGGAGAUCGUCCAGGACUGAUGAAUGUUCAUCAAGUUGAGGAGAUCCAGGAUAACAUCUUACAAGCCCUGAAUCAGCACCUGCAGAUCAAUCACCCAGACGCCAGCUUCAUCUUUCCCAAACUCCUGCAGAAACUCACAGAUCUACGACAGCUUGUGACGGAGAAUGCACAACUGGUGCAGAAGAUCAAGAAGACAGAGUCUGAGACAUCACUACAUCCACUGCUGCAGGAGAUCUACAAGGACAUGUACUGACUUCAACCGAUCUGACUUUACCCCACCUGGCCAUGACCAUGAAUCCACCCGACCCCACUUCAGCAGGAGAUCUACAGGGACAUGUACUGACCGAGCCCUGACCCCGAAUCCACCCAUCCUGAGACAACAUGACCCGAUCAUUGCGGUAGAUCUACAGGAACAUGAACUUACCUGACCCAACUUGACUGGACCUGACCCAGCCUGACCUAACCUUACCCCACAUGGCCUUGAUCCUGACCCAACUUGUCCGGACCU